CGCGCAGCCGCGUGUCGCCGGGCCCGGAAGCGGCGGCGGCGGCGCGAUGGCGGCCGAGGGGGACGUGGAGCUGGAGCUGGAGACGGAGCCGAACGGGUCGGCGGGCGGCGCGGACGGCGGGGGCCGCGCGGCGGAGAAGCCGCGGAAGCAUGACAGCGGCGCGGCCGACCUGGAGCGCGUCACGGACUACGCGGAGGAGAAGGAGAUCCAGAGCUCCAACCUCGAGACGGCCAUGUCCGUGAUCGGCGACCGGCGCUCCCGGGAGCAGAAGGCCAAGCAGGAGAGGGAGAAGGAGCUCGCCAAGGUCACCAUCAAGAAGGAGGACCUGGAGUUGAUUAUGACGGAGAUGGAGAUCUCGCGGGCGGCGGCGGAGCGCAGCCUGCGGGAGCACCUGGGGAACGUGGUGGAGGCCCUCAUCACCCUCACCAACUGAGCCUGCGGCCGGCAGCGGUGGUUGGACACUCUGUGACUGAUGGGAAUAAAGACACCAUCUGGCCUGG